CCAGAGGUGGUGAAUGAUGCUGCAGCCCCAGUUCAAGUCACACAACACCAACGAGGUGCUGGAGAAGCUGUUCCAGAUAGUGCCAGGCGAGAACCCAUACCGUUUCCGGGACCCCCAGCAGUGCCGGCGCUGUGCUGUGGUUGGGAAUUCGGGCAACCUGAGGGGCUCUGGCUAUGGGCCAGAUGUGGAUGGGCACAACUUCAUCAUGAGGAUGAAUCAGGCGCCAACCGUGGGCUUUGAGCAGGAUGUUGGCAGCCGAACCACCCACCAUUUCAUGUACCCGGAGAGUGCCAAGAACCUGCCCGCCAAUGUCAGCUUUGUGUUGGUGCCUUUCAAGGCCCUGGACCUGCUGUGGAUCGCCAGUGCCCUAUCCACAGGGCAGAUACGAUUCACCUAUGCCCCAGUGAAGUCUUUUCUUCGCGUAGACAAAGAAAAGGUCCAGAUCUAUAAUCCAGCCUUCUUCAAGUACAUCCAUGACAGAUGGACAGAGCAUCACGGGCGGUACCCUUCCACAGGGAUGCUGGUGCUCUUCUUUGCCCUGCACGUGUGUGAUGAGGUGAACGUGUACGGGUUCGGGGCCGACAGCCGGGGCAACUGGCACCACUACUGGGAGAAUAACCGGUACGCGGGCGAGUUCCGGAAGACCGGCGUGCACGACGCUGACUUCGAGGCCCACAUCAUCGACAUGCUGGCCAAGGCCAGCAAGAUCGAGGUCUAUCGAGGCAACUGAGCCAGGUCUGGCGGAGACUCUUCCCGCCUCGCCGCGAGGCGCCAACGCGAGAUCCCGGCCGGGACUCGAGGCCAGCCCCAGCUCGGUGGCCUAGGCGAGGGCGCGGCGCCAGGAAUGGGGCGUCUCCACGCAAUUCGGGGCGGUGCCGGGCCGUGGUCUGGACCAAUCAUGCUGCAUCCCAGCGAGCGCCGGCUGUUCCCUGCCAAUCACAAGAUUCUGGGGGCCUGGCACCAAUCAACGCCGCAGUCGGGCGGAGCCUCUUUCUAUCAACCAAUUAUGCGACUCAGCUCCUGAGUUAACUUCCGGCGCUGGGCCCCGUCUCCUCCAAUCAUUGGCCUUUAGAGGCGGGCCAGCGGUCGCUCAAUCCCCUCUCCCCUGUGCUUUUGGGUAGGACUUUAUUUCAUGCUUUUUAAGGAGUAGAGGCUGCUUCUCUCCUGGUCGAAGUACAUUCCUCAGGCUCUGAGUUGUCGCAGUCGCUUGCGGCCCUAACCCCGCCGGGGGCGCUGAAAAGUAGGGGAAGGCCGGGGCAGCAGCAGCUUGGCUUCCCUUCCCCGGGCGUUCCCUCGUGACCUCUGGGUGGUCGAGGGGCGGUCGAGGUGGUUUCCAGGGAGUGCGCUUUCAACCUGGAGGAAAAGCCAGAGCCCUCCUAAACCGCUCCAUGCCUCCGAGAGAAUUUUAGACCCCACAUUUCCUUUAUCGGUCAGGCCCAGAUGAGUGUCAACCCACCAAAGAAAUGCAGUGAGAAUCCAGAGGGCACGUGGGUACCUUCCCCCUCCCCCUCCCCGCUUUUGGCCACCCUAUGGAAUGGCCUUUUUGACCAGGGCAUUUAGUGUCUCACCAGAAAACGAAUUGUGUCACCCCGUGCUUGGGGGUGAAAUUCGCCUGGGGUCUAACUCUUGGAACAUAGGUGUAUGGAACUGGGCAAGGGACAAUGAAGCCCCAUCACGUCAAAUGUAAGGUGCUUCUCACUCACCUGUACCCUUGGCCCCUACUGCUCGCCACACCUGUUUCAGUCUCUCCUUAGGCCCUGGGCCUCCUCACCAGCCUACUUGUUGCUCUGGAAAAAAAAUCAAAACUUGCCCUGGGAUUGAUUGGGGCAGUGCUGC